AUGCCAGUGCACUACAAUGCCUGCUUCAGCCCGUCCACCUUCUCCCUCACAGGCAUCCCUCAGCUGGAAGCGGCCCACGUGUGGAUCUCCAUCCCCUUCUGCUCCAUGUACCUCAUUGCUGUGCUGGGGAACUGCACCAUCCUGUUCAUUGUUAAGACUGAGCCAAGCCUCCAUGAGCCCAUGUACUUCUUCCUCUCGAUGCUGGCUGUUGUUGACUUAGUCCUCUCCUCCACCAUGCCUAAGCUGUUCAGCAUCUUCUGGUUCGACAACAAAGAAAUUGUCUUCCACGCCUGUCUCUUCCAGAUGUUCAUCAUCCACUCUUUUACCACCAUUGAAUCUGGGUUUUUUGUUGCCAUGGCAUUUGACCGUUACGUGGCCAUAUGUGCCCCCCUGAGACACAAGACUAUCUUAACCCAUUCAGUAGUUGCCAGAAUUGGGCUGGCCGCUACUCUGCGGGGCGUUCUCUACAUCUCCCCACUGCCCCUGCUUGUCCAUCGAUACAGGUACUUCCUCACCAACGUCAUUGCACAUUCCUAUUGUGAGCACAUGGCUGUGGUGAUGCUCUCCUGUGAGGACAUCUCCAUCAGUGACAUCUAUGGCAUGGCGAUUGGCUUCCUCGUCCUUAUCCUUGACUCCCUGUGCAUUGGCUUGUCCUACAUCUUUAUCUUCCGGGCGGUGAUGAGCUUGGCCACCCUGGAGGCCUGGCUUAAGACCUUCAGCACUUGCACUUCACACAUCUGUGCCAUCCUGGCCUUCUACAUCCCCAUAGCAGUUUCCUCUCUGACUCACCGGUUUGGCCACAAUGUGGCUCCCCCUGCUCAUAUCCUCUUGGCCAACUUCUACCUCCUCAUUCCUCCUGUCUUGAAUCCCAUAGUCUAUGCGGUUAGGACCAAGGAGAUCCAAAAGAAGCUGGCAAAGAUGCUGAGUUGGGCCAGAGGAGAAGCUAGAAGCCUCAUGUAUGCCUUGUGGCUACGCUUUCUGUAG